AUGAGUAGAGAUCAGGGCGAGAGGGGGAAGAAAUUUUCGAGGGCAGCAACUAAAAAGGUUGCACUGUUGCGGCGGACCGGGUUGGGCAACCAGGUCGAUCGCGGCGAAACCAACGGAGGCCCGAACCCCAGAGCAUGA